AUGAUCAUCUCCAUUCCAAUCACCAUCGGUGUGGCCGUAACCUAUUUUGUGUGCUGCGCCGUAUACAACCUAUGGUUCCAUCCUCUUGCGAAACAGCCAGGGCCGUUCUUUGCUCGUAUCUCAGGCAUUCCCUCAUUCUACCACGCCUGCAUAGGAGACCGUCACAUUUGGUCUUGGAGGCAGUUCCAGAUUUAUGGCGACAAAUUCCGAGCGACUCCAAAUCUUCUUCUCUUCCAGACACCUGAAGCUUACAAUGCCAUGUUCGGUCACAAAGCGAACGUCAAGAAGUCCCCGUUCUAUGAAGUAUGGAGGCGUAACAAACACGACCUCAACACAUUAGGCUGUACCGAUGUUGAAACGCACGCCAGGAGGAGAAAAGCCCUCUCACUAGCUUUUACCGAUCAGUCAGUCAAGGCUACCGUACCUUUUGUAGCUCGGCAUGUCGAUCGCUGGAACGAGUUACUGCCCGGUGAGAUUUUCGGUGUCGAGGGAUGGUCUGGACCGCAGAACCUUACGGAGUGGACUGACUUCUUGCUCUUCGACAUGUUCGGUGACAUCUGUUUCGGCAGUUCCAACAAUACCAAAGAGCCUGGGCCGAACAAUCUGAAGCGUAUUCCGUACAACAUCACUAGAUACCUGCGCUUUUAUAAUCCUCUCGCCAAGUCACCAUUUCGAAGCUUGUUGCUUUGGCUCAAGCCUCGUGGUUUGGAUAACUUGAUGAAGCUCAUCACUCCGAAGGAGAUCAAAGAGUACUUUGCCUUUACUGAAAAUCUGGCCAUGAGCCGCGUCGAGUCUGAAAGGAAGAACGAAACCGAAAAACGUCCAGCUGAGCGUGAAGACAUGUUCCACUUCUUGUGCACAGCCAAGGACCCAGAGACGGGUGAUUUUGCGCUGAGUACCGAAAACUUGAUAGCCGAUGCAAAUCUGCUCACUGUUGCCGGCUCAGACACCACGAGUGCGACAGUAACCGCGCUCUUCUUCUUCCUCACUCGCAACCCGAAAGUGUACACAAAGCUGGUCCAUGAGAUUAGGAACAACUUCGGCAGUGCUGAAGAUAUCGGCUCAGGUCCGGAUCUGAUGGCAAAAUGCGAGUACCUCAGAGCAGCGGUGUAUGAGACCUUGCGCCUCUCGCCAGCUGGCCCUAGCGAGCUUGAACGCACUGUACUUUCGGGUGGCAUCAGGAUCGCUGGCGAACAUAUUCCUGGAGGUAUCACGAUCGGAGUGCCCAAGUGGUCGCUCGGCCGGAAUGAAGCCCUCUGGGGUGAUUACAACACCUUCCGCCCAGAGAGAUGGAUCGCCUCCGAUUCGAAUACGCAAGAUGAGGUGAACCACUUGAAGCGAUCCUUCCAUCCUUUCUCCAAGGGCGUAGGGAGCUGCCUAGGUCAGAAGAUGGCAAUGAUACAACUUUGCAUGAUUGUUGGAAGAACUCUCUGGAGAUACGACGUGCGACAGGCUCCUGGACAAUGCGUCGGAGAAGGUCGUCCUGAUCUUGGCUGGGGCAGAAGGAACCGUGGCCACUUCCAGCUGAGAGACGCGUACAUUUCUCUCCGUGAAGGCCCGAUCGUCCAGUUCAAGAAGCGGGUGCUAUGA